AUGACCCUCUUCAGCGAGUCUGCGUUCACCAUUGUCGACUUUGUCGCCCAGCGACUGAUAUAUGUUAGCUGGAUACCGAUGGUGGUUGCAUUUAUAACUCUGUGUCUGUCCUCGGACAAAGAGCGACAGUUCGCCCGCCUGGCAAAGAUUAGCCGCGUACUCUACCUAGGAGUUAUUGCACUCCAUUUAUCCUACGUUAUCCUCCAUCCGAAAGCAAAAUGGUAUUCGUUCAUGAAUCCAAUAUUUCUCGUCAUUCAGUUUUUUAUGAUAGUUUCGGACCCUGUCUUUUGGCUGGUUUACGGCGACAAUGCCAUCACUGUGGAUGUAAAGAAGUACCGUUCUUGCCUAAUGGCUAUUGAUGAAUUAGCCAAAAACGAACUCUUCCCCGAUUUUUGUGUAGCCUUUGGAACGCUUGGUUUCGGUAUUUUGUACGCCGUGUCACUAGCAAUACCAAUUAAAGAUGAGGUUCUGACUGAGGACUUCAAUGUCUAUACUAGUAUUGCAGCUUUUCUUGUUACUCUAGUCGCCUUCGGCUACGUAGUCCAUAUGAAAAAAGAAGACGCCCAGAAGUAUACUGUGAAGGAACUUUCAGCAGAGGAUGGUGUGGCCGAGACCAUGGCGGAGUUUGCGAAUGAGGAGGUACCCGAUCAAGCCAACAAGCAAGUCUGA